AUCACAUUCAUAUAAUUAUUUGUUCAUCUUGGCAGAGACGUUGCCAAGAUACAGUCAGCAGGCAAGCCAGAGACAUGUGUUCGGACUUUGCUGAUGCUAAGGAUUUGCUUUCCGAUGCGCUGCAGACCUCAAAGACAAUAUGUGAAGAAUUAGGCUUCUGUAGGCCUCCGAGUCCACCACGUUCUUCCUCACAAGGUCUCGUCCCUAUAUCUAAUCAUCGUCAAAACCUCGAUAGAGUAGCUGAAGUUGCCCCCAUUGUCGCGGGUGGUUUUGCGGUUGCGUUCCUUGCUUGGAUGUAUGCAGCCUUGCCCGCUCUGGCACCUUUAUUAGUGUUCGGCCGACGGAAACGUGAUAUUGCCUCCACAGAGAGGUACACGGCAGGUAUCUAUGGAGAAGAGGAGGACAAUCCUUUCGAGUACAUGAACCCAACCCUCAAUCCUUCCUCUAACCUGCCUGAGGAAACAGACGCAUACAUGAAGCAGGCCGCAUCGAGUCUGAAGUGUGAGCUGUGCAAACUGGGAAUCGCGAUCGACUCCUCGAACGCCACACUGCUGCGGACUGGUCAGGACGGAGCGCCUAUGCGGAAGCUUCUAUGCCGCUCACUUCCUGGAAAAGGGGAUCAGCGAAAGUGUAUGACGGUCCUGCGUCAGGCCUCAGAGAUCCUCCUUCAAAUCUUAGGCUCCAUCUUGGACUCUCUUGAGACUUGCGAGGGGCUCAAAUCCUGCCGAGUGGGAUAGUCAGUUUAGGCCACAAACAUGUGACCUCGCCCAGUUGGCCACGCCCAUGCUACUGUAAUUGUAGUUAAAGAAGGAGAGAAGGCAGUACAAAGGAAUUCUUUCAGGGCAGUCUAACCUUUGUGAUAAGUUUAUUAGUAUCAAGUCAGAGACACAGAAUAGCGCACAUUUUGAAUAAAUCAGACCGUUAGUAAGAAAGUUAUGAAUUUUUAAACUAUGAAUCAUUACAUCUAUGCAAUUCUUAAAUUGGCAAUUUGGUCAGUGGAUUGAGACAUAGGCACGGACAACUUUUCCAUUUGUCAUGUAAACAAAUAUCUUCAAAUAAGAUUCUGAUGAGGAAGAUGUUAUAAAAGAAGCCCAUCGCCUUGUUGUCUCAACAUAAAUGUAAUUGUCCAUCAUGAAUUAAUUUUACCCUAUACAACACAUCUUCCGACGACAAUAAUUAUUAAUCCAAUAUUAAUAUACUACACUAACUGAAUUCCAAACUUAAACCAUCGAACUAUUACCGUAUACAAGGUUAUAUCCAUGCUUUAACCCUAGCAAAAACAUAAUAUAUACCCAGAACCCUAAACCUAAAUAAAACCCAAUUGCAAACCCAUCUCGAAACUAUGCUAGGAUUUUAAAUGCCUCUGGAGCGGUUAGUAGGGGAUUUAUGUGCAAGGGUUGUAAAUGCAAGUGAUUUACAUGCUAUUGAUGUACAUCUAGGUGAACUAAGUGAAGGAAAUGUAAGUAUAAGUGAUGUAUAUGUAAGUGUUAGAAAUAUAAGUAAUUUGUAAAUGUAAGUGAACACAGUGUAUUAAAUGAAUGUACAUGUAAGUGAUGUAAAUGUAAGUGGACGAAAUGUAAGGAAUGUACGUUUAAGUGAUGUAUUAAAUGGUAGUGAAACAGGUAUAACAAAUAUAAACGUAAGUGAACCAAGUGUAAGCAAUUUAAGUGUGAGUGAUUUAAAUGUAAGUGUACUCAGUGUAGGAAAUGUAAGUGUAAGUGUCGUAAUUGUAAUUUAACUCAGUGUGUAAGUGAACUAAGUGUAAGCAAUUUAAGUGUAAGUGAUUUUUUUUUGUAAGUGUACU